AUGCAGGGUGUCCCUGUGGGUGCAGAGCUUCGCCAGGUGCGGCUGGGAGGGCAGGCGAGGCGGAGGGAGCCGGGCCCUCGCAGCGGGGUGAGCGCCGCCAAGCCGGGGCAGGUGGUUGUCUUAAUUAUUGAAACACAGUGCAAAAAUGAUACUAAAGCUCUAAUACACAUAGUGUACAAUAAAUUAAUUACAAGGAGGAUCAUUGCUAAGAGGGAAAUUAAGUGUGACGGGGAUGAAUACAAUUUAGAUAAUCAGUGUUGCAAGAAAUGUGAACAUGGUCUUAUUAAAAAUACCAACUGCCCAACAGAUAAAAGCAAACACUGUGUUCCAUGUGAAAAUGGAAAGGAGUACAUAGAUCACAAAAAUGAUUUGGACAAGUGUUUGAGAUGCUCUUCAUGUGACAGCGUAUUCGGUUUGGAGGUUGCAAAGAACUGUACCCGAACACAGAACACGGAAUGCACCUGUGCAGAGAACCAUUUUUGCAAUUCUUCUGCACCAUGUAGGCACUGUGAUCCAUGUACCAUAUGUGAAAGUGGUGUAAUUGAAAAACAAUGUACUCCGACUUCAGACACUGUGUGCGGAAUGAAAGCAGAAACAGGAGUGCUACAGCUGGCCGCCUCUUUGACACCUGUGUUUUUAGUACUAGCAGCAGCUGGAGCAAUAUUCUGUUACAAGAGAAAACGGAAGGGUCAUACUAACAAGGAGAACCUGAGUGAAGUAGUCCCCAAAACAGAGGCUUCUUAUGAGAACGUACCUCUCAUAUACGCAGAUGUUGACCUGAGCAGCCACAUUGCUGGUAUUGUGGAAGAGCUGACACUCCAAGAUGUCAAGACAUUUGUUCGUUAUCACAAAGUACCAGAACCUGUCAUAGAUCAAACUGUUCGGGAUCAUUUUAGCGAUACAUCUGAACAGAAGAUUAAGCUGUUUCAAGUCUGGUAUCAAAGACAUGGGAUAAAAGGAGCCUAUGGAACCCUAAUAAGCAGCCUGAGAGAGUUUAAAAUGUGCGCUGCAGCUGAUAAAAUUGAGGAAAAAAUGAAGGCAGCUGUUUCCAGCUGUCAGGAAGGGGGACAGUCUUAUCAUGAUGACACUGAGCAAAACAAAAUCUGCACUCGGGAAGGUAGAAACUCUUACAGUGAUAGUGCUGAGCAAAGUAAAACCUCUUCUGGUAGUUUGGAAGAGACAUAGCACAGAAUCAUUUGAAAAUUAUUUCUGACUGAAUUAGUGUUUUUCUAAUAAUAUAAAUAACAAAGCUUUUAAAUGCCACUGAUUGAUUCAAGGAAGCUAUAAUAUGAACAAGGAGUAAUUAUGAUUUUUGUAGCAAUAUCUUUCACUUAAAAAAAGUUUUAGCUUUUUUUUGGUUGUUAAGAACUGGGAGGAGAAGUUUUAUGGCUUAUUUACUAAAAGGUACAAUAUCGGAGUCCAGCUAUAGGAUUCACUACAAGAAGAAGUAGUCAUUAUUUGAAGAAAAGGUUUAGUCUAAAUGUGUGGUCCUGCAUUACUUAAUUGAUGUAAUGUUUUGCUUACAUUAAAAUUGUGGGAUGUUGCAUUUUUCAAAGUGAAAACUGGUGUUAAGAUCUAUGAAGUGCACCAGGAAGAAUACUUGAACAAAAAAAAAUUAUGUAAUAUACCCCUGAUUGAACAUAGGUGUUGCUGUGUAAUUAAAUUCUACUCUGUUGUAAAUGGGAUUUCUCCCUGGUAUAAACAGACCUGUAAGUGUGUGGAUACCGAGUUUUGUAUACGUGUGUGUG